CGGUCUAAACGGGUCGCGACAUUCAUAUAUCCAAAAUAUACGAAUACGGUUUUAAUAUAAACACAAUUAAAAUUUCGCCAAUAACGGGAAAUGUGUUAAUAAUUUAAACGAAAUAUAAAGAAAGAAAUUUGUAUUUAGUCCUGCAGAGAUUAUAAAAUUUUAGUGUUUAUAAAAAUGUCUACAAGUAUUGCAAGUACCGUAGCUACGGUAGCGGAUAUUGUACCAAAAAGUUUUACCUUUGGUACGAUCGAUUAUAUUGUAUUCGUAUUGAUGUUGUGUGUAUCGGCCGGUAUUGGUGUUUAUUUUGGUUUCUUUUCGAAAUCCUCAAAUACUACAGAUGAAUAUUUAAUGGGCAGUAAGAAAAUGAAAACUAUACCCAUUGCAAUAUCCUUAAUAGCAAGUCAACUUUCGGGUAUUGCUAUUAUGUCAGUGCCAGCCGAAAGUUACUCGUUUGGUUUUACAUAUUUCUUUCUUGUAUUAUCCAUAAUUCCAGUAGUUCCAAUUUUGAAUUAUAUUAUUGUGCCAGUAUUCUACAACAAUAAUAUAUCAAAUUGUUAUGAGUACUUACAAUUGCGUUUCAAUAAGCGUACGCGGCAAAUAGUGACUGGUUCCUUCGUUUUGAAUGCCUGCCUCAUGUUACCCGUUUAUAUAUUUGUACCGGCUUUGGCAUUUUCUCAAGUGACGGGCAUGAAUAUCCACUUAAUUAACACCGUAGUAUGUUCGAUUUGUAUGUUCUAUACGAUGUUGGGUGGUAUUAAAGCUGUUGUCUGGACUGAUGUAGUUCAAGCAGGUAUUAUGCUUUCUUCGGUGAUAUUAGUGGCUGUGUUAGGUACUCUUAAAGUGGGUGGUCUAAACAAGGUUCUAGAAUAUGCUGAUGAGGGUGGUCGUCUGGAUUUUUUUUUCUCUAUGGAUCCUCGUGUACGUUCAACAUUUUGGAAUCUGUUUAGUGGUGGCAUAUUUUUAUGGGUGGGUCAUAUUGGUUUAAAUCAAAGUUGUGUUCAGAGAAUUGUUUCUUUACCUUCACUGCAUCAAGCUAGAAAAGCCUUAAUUAUAGUUGGCAUUGGUGUUUUUAUUAUAAUGAGUUUUAACUCUUUCAUUGGACUUAUUAUGUUUGCUCGUUACUUUGGAUGUGAUCCCAUAUUAGCGGGAAUUGUUGAAAAAGCUGACAAAAUGAUGCCUUUCUUUGUGCAAGAUGUCAUGGGCCACUUGUUGGGCAUGCCUGGUAUUUUCAUUUCUUGUGUUUUCAGUGCUGCCUUAAGUACCAUGUCGGCCAUGUUGAAUUCUUUAGCCGGAGUAGUAUAUUUCGAUUACAUCAAGCCCUUUAUUAGGCAUACAGAUGCUCGGGCCAAUAAUAUCAUGAAAAUAUUUGUGGUGGCCAUGGGUUGCUAUUGUAUAUUGGGGGGUUUUGUGGUACAAAGAUUUAGUUCAAUUUUACAAAGUAUCAUUACCAUAACGGGCAUUAAUACAGGAGCUGUAGUAGGGGUAUUUCUGUUGGGCAUGUUUGUGCCGCGAGUUAAUGGCAAGGUGGCUUUUCUUUCGAUAGCAUUUAGUGUUGGUGUCAUGUUAUGGAUUAUUAUCCAUGCCCAAAUGCGUUUUAAGGCUGGUUAUAUAAAAUACGAAGCCUUGCCCACCUCUUUGGAGCGCUGUGAAGCUCUCAAUUUGCAUGAAAUGCUACAAAACAUUAGUACCAGCGCUCCCUUGUCAUUGGCUACUACCGAGGAGCCUCUAAUCACCGGUACUUUAGGUAGUAAUCGUGAAUUUUCUAUUUACGAAAUAUCCUUCUAUUGGUAUAAUAUAAUGGGUGUCUUUCUGGUAUGGCUUUCGGCUAUACCUAUGAGUUAUAUUUGGAAACGUGAUAAGGAGGAGAAAAUGAAUCCCAAAUUGUAUUCACCCUUCGUUAAGAGUUUUCUAAGUCAAACUGAUGUCCAAAUGGAAGAAAUGCCUUUAAAAACACCUCACCCUUCUUUAGCGGAAAAUCAUGCCACAAUUUCCAUUUCAGAAAAGGAAAAUGGAAAUGAUAUCAAAUUUUAUCGAAAUUAUGAUAAUAUUGUUUAAAUUUUAAUUUUACUAAUUAACUGUUAUGUUUAUUAUUAGUUUUUUAUUUAAUUUAAGAUUUAAUAAAUUAUUAUUUAAUAAAGAAA